UUGCAAUCGGUAAUGCAAGUGUGAGGAGUGGUUGUUUAUGGCGUUGUUGCUGCUUUGCUCAAUUUAAAGCAAUAUUUAUCAUUUUAUUUGCUGUUAAUUUUCAAACAAGGUUGCAAUCCCACUGCCAGCAGCCAUGUUGCAAGCCUGGCACAUCACAGUGCUGGCCCUGAUGGCGUUCUAUCUCUGUGGCCAAGUGCACUUUGCGGCUGGACUCGAGUGUUAUGUGUGCUCUAAUCAGACGGGGAACACGGAGAAGUGUCUGAACACGAUCAAAACCUGCGAAUCAUUUGAGAAUGUCUGCGGCACCGAGAUUCGCUGGGGCAGCCAACCAUAUUUCUCAGAGGGAGCUUUGAAGCAAUAUUAUGUGUCGAAGCGUUGCAUGACCAAGGAACAGUGUCAGUCGAAGCGACGACGCUACAUGCAGCUCUACUGUACGCACAUCUGGUACGAGGAUUGGGCAUGCAACGAGUGCUGCCAAGGCGACAGAUGCAAUUACUUUGUCAUUAGUGGCGCAACGGAGAGUAGAGGCAGCUUGCUCACACUACUAGGAACGCUAGCGGGAGCUUGGCUACUCUUGCGGCGUGUCAGCACGCCCUAAUUCUCAAGCAAUUGAUGCUAACUAAACGCACACAUACCACAAAUUUAUAUUCAGAGAUAGCUAAUUAAUUAAUCAUUCCACAUAGUCUGUUGUAUCAGUUCUGUGCCGUCCAUUCAUCCCUAAGUAGUUGACACUGUUGUAGUGCCUUGUAUAAUGUUUAAGUACAGCAACUUGGAACUUUUUGACCUUUAAAUGCUGCUGCUCAAGUUUCCCUGUUGAAUCUCGAAUUGAGUGUUUAACUUGUGCAGGCAGCAGGUCUUACUAAUAAUUAAGUGUCCUCACUUUGUGCCUUUUUGAUACCUUUUAUAUACAACGAAUUGGUCAGAUCCUACUGCUGCUCAGAAGCUGUCAAAAAGCUGCAGCUCUGAGCAGUCAGUAGCCUCCUUUUAGCUAUUAGUAAAUACUCUCGAAUUGAAGCAAUCUCUGACCCCUUUUGGGUCUUUGAACACACACAAAACACACAUAUCUUUGGAGCCCAAUAAAGCUGUAUUUAAGACGCGA